AUGGAUCACCAGCCGUACGACUCCUCCUUACAACCCUGUGCAUGCUGCUGUAAGGAAAAUGCCAGCAGGACAGAGACGCAGUACAUCUAUGGUCCAGUCAAUGUAAUAGAGAAGACUGAGUUCAGUUCUACCUACAGUAUAGUACAACCACUUAUUGAGAAUGGGGAGUCAUUGAGAGGCACCAACAUUGACAAUAUAUCCCACAGUAUAAGCACCAUAAGAAAUGUCUCCAUUCAAAUUACCAAUUUCACAGACAGGUACACCUUAACAAACCCAAGGACCUACAAUAGCAGUGGAUGUUGUCUUAAUCCUCCUCAGUUUACAGUGGCAAAAAAGACCAGUGAAGCCUGCACCUUUAGCAAAUCAGCCUCAGCGGCACGUGGCUGUGCUGGAGUCCUGGCAUACAAGAUCCUUAAAGAUGAAGAGCACUUUGUCGGGGAUCUUGUCAUAAUGUUUUCUGUGCCUUUCGACUACAUUUUGUAUGAAAACUAUUUAGCUCUUGGAAUUUUUGAAAACCAAGUUUCAUGUAAUCAUAAUCUGUUUUAUGAAAUGUAUAACAUGAAAGGUACAUUCACCAGGCAAAAGGCUACAGGAAGUGAAGUCAUGUAUUCUGGACAAGGAAUUUGUGUCAAGGGAACAAUGUCCACUGCAGGCAAAUCAAUAAUGAAAGUUGAAAUUCGAGAAACACCAAAACUAGACAGACAUGAGUAAAACACUGCAGAUUCAACA